ACAAUUUUUUUAAAAAUUAAAUUUUUAGUUAUCAAAGUUCCUCUCCGGGAAUGCAAAAUAUUCAGAUAUUUUUGUUUAUAUUGAGGUUGUUUUUGUGCUGUCAGUGUUGUGAAAGCACCCAAAUAGCAUUCAAGCAUUCACAAUUGCGGCGCUGUAGUCGGUAGAUUGCUUACACCGGUAAGGUGUCAUUACUCGAUUUUUUAUUGUGUUUGUAAACAAGUGUACCCAUUGAAUAACGCAGUAACGGAAUUGUCUACACUUGCGAGAUUGUAGAAAUGCCGUCAGCUGAAGUGCAUGCCAUGUCGAAUAGUACUACAAAUAAUAUAAACACUGCUCCGCUAAAGAGCCCUGAAUUUAAUAUAAGUUCUAAGGAAGUGGAAGGUUUAGUGAUGGAAAUUAAAGAAAAUCUACGAUUAUCAGCGACCACAUUUAAAGCUAUUCCGUGCAGUCAUUUGUCUCGCAAGUCUUCUCGGGCUUCUCCAUAUCGCAUUCCGACUAAAAUUUGUUCGUGUAAUCCUGGGUUAUGUGACUCUAUGUGUGUGAAAAAAAACCGACGUAAACAACAAAUAGAAAGCAAUCAGGAUGACCCAUAUGAAUUUUUACAAAAGUUGUUACGAGACGGAAGUCUAGUUAAUGAGGCUGUCAGACGAGUGCAGUUAGGACUAACACCAAAACAACGUUAUUUUUAUGAGUCAGAUGAGGAAUCCAGUCCAGUACUACAUCUUUAUCCAGGAAACUGAACUGCUAGAUUAAUUUAUUUAUCGUAAAUGUUCCUUUCACGUGUGUG